GCUGUGCUUCUUCUAGUCCUCUUCCAGAAGGAGCACCACUGCUGAAGCUGUGUGAAAGGAAAUGAGAAGAAAUAACAGUGCAGAUAAACUGCGAAGGGGCUGGAGGCCUGUUAUCUGGCUACUGGCUGCUUUCCUGACGUCUCUGCUCAUAGUCCUUCUAAUGAGCUCAAUUAUGCAGUUUGGUUAUCUGAAUGUAUCAAAACGAGCAGCUCCAGCCAAUGGGACCACAUCUACACCCCCACCUCCUUCACAAGUCCGUCUUGUCAAUGGCCGCAGCCGUUGUGAAGGUCGUGUGGAGAUACUGCACAAUGGCACGUGGGGCACUGUGUGCGAUGAUGACUGGGACAUGAAGGAUGCCAAUGUGGUGUGUCGGCAGAUUGGGUGCGGCCUGGCGCUCACAGUCUCUGGGAGCACAGUGUUUGGGCAAGGCACCGGUCCCAUCUACUUGGACAACGUGGACUGCAAGGGCAGCGAAUCAGGGCUGAGCGACUGCGGAAGUCUGGGAUGGGGAGUCCACAACUGUUACCACUACGAGGAUGUGGCUGUGACAUGCAAUGAUAUGUUUAUCCCAGGAGCAAGGGAACAUAAUCACACUACUCCCACUCCACAAAGAAACGGACAUGGAGAGGGCAGCAUCCGCUUGGUUGGUGGUGCCGACACCUGCCAAGGCAGAGUGGAGGUGUUCUACAGAGGUAGCUGGGGGACUGUGUGUGACGAUGACUGGGGAAUGAGGGACGCCAGCGUGGUGUGCCGGCAGAUCGACUGUGGCCCGGCCCUGGAUUUCACCACCAACGCCUACUUCGGCUACGGCACGGGGCUCAUACUCCUGGACAACGUGAACUGCGACGGGAACGAAGCCUACCUGUCAUCCUGCUACAGCCUGGGCUGGGGAAUCCACAACUGUGGCCACCAUGAGGAUUCUGGAGUGGUCUGUGCAGGCUCUGGGACAUCAACAGCUGCUUCCAACAUCCCUUCAACGAUGGGCGGAGCCAAAGUGUUUUUACCAGACACUACUGCAGUUACAGAUAUCACUGACUCAGUGACUCAGGAGAUAACGCUGUCUACAACUCAAGUGGUACCUGCAGACCUCCUACCAGCAGGGGGCUCUAUCCGUGUGGUGAAUGGGAACAGCAGCUGCCACGGCAGGGUGGAGGUGUUCUACGACAACGCCUGGGGGACGGUGUGCGAUGACGACUGGGACAUGCUCAACGCCAAGGUGGUCUGCAAGCAGCUCGGCUGUGGCGCUCCCGUCGAAGCCAAACUGGCCGGCUACUUUGGCUACGGAAGCGGCCCCAUUCUGCUGGAUAACGUGGACUGCGACGGAGACGAGGCGUACCUGACUGACUGCUUCAACCUGGGCUGGGGGCAGCACAACUGUGGCCAUCACGAGGACGCAGGGGUCAUUUGCAGAGGUACGGUUUUCAAAAAUCGGUCUUCACCUCUGCUGAUCCUCAGCUCAGACAGGACGUUGUCUCUGACUUGCUCCCCUGUGCUCUCUCUCUCAGGGGCGGUGAGGCUGGCGGGUGGCAGGCAUCGGUGUGAGGGCCGUGUGGAGCUGUACAUGGAGUCCCGCUGGGGCACGGUGUGUGACGAUGCCUGGGAUCUGAAGGGCGCCCGGGUGGUGUGCAGGCAGCUCAGCUGUGGGGACGCCACUGCGGCCAGGGAAGAGGCUUACUUUGGCCAGGGCAGUGGCACCAUAUUCCUGGACAAUGUCAAGUGUAGAGGCAAAGAGAGCUCCCUCCUGCACUGCUCUCAUAUCCGCUGGGACGCCCACAACUGCAACCACUCCGAGGACGCCGGGGUGACCUGCGAGCGAUCAUGAUGAGCUUCAAAACCUUACAGGGCUGCAGAACACCCCACAGCGUUGACAAGAAAUGCAUUACGCUUUACUCCAAUGCCCUGUGUUGUACUGCAGCCCCACAGAAUAUGCAGGUUCUAAGAGAAACUUGUUUAAUAUCUUUAAUACGAUUGUUUUGAGAUUUUUAUUUGCACAGAUCAGCCAGGGAAUUAUUCUCGGUGGGGUUCAAUGCCUUCAAUCUGCCCUUCGCAGCCUGCUGUGUUUGUAUUACAAACCUUUCCCAUUCCUGCAACAAAGCUGCUGCUUUGGCUAUUGUCGGAACAGAAGAAUGGCAUGAGCUUUGUUGCAGGAGGGAGCGUUGAUCUGGGUACAGAAUGCUGUGACGGACAAAAAGUAGUCUAGGAAAACUGCUAGAGGAAGUGUAAAUAAAAAUAUCAAAACAAGAAAAAUGAUACCACUACAAAAUGUACAACACAGGAAAGAGCACAGUAAUGUUUUUUUCUUGCAAGCACUUGGGGGUGUUCUGUAACCCUUUCAAGGUGUAGUAACUAAGGUUUUGAAAUCAAUUUUCCAGCUCUUGACUGGCUUCAGCAGUCUUUUCUCUGCCCCUUUUAUGAUUUGGUUAUUUUUUUGGGGGUGUUUUCUUAACUAAUGCUUUUGAAGGUACUACACAAUUGAGCAACCCUGUCCUCCAUAUCAGUCUGCAUUGAGAAGGCUCUGUGUUGGAAAGUGGGAACUAUAACAUGGACCAACGUGAGCGAAAGGAGUGCUCUUUACUGUUGUGUUGUGAAAUAUUCCGCUCCACCGUGAUCAAGGGAACAGUGAAAAUGGCACUGAAGCUAAAGAAAGCCUUAGGGUCGACCCCUUUGCUGGGACCCUGAACAUCUGUAAAUCUAUACAUUGUGUAAAUAGCCUUAUCAAUUACUAUUAUGCACUUUAUAAAUGUCAAAAAGAUUUUGCUCUAAAACGUUAGGCUUAUAAAUAGUUACAGUUCUUAUAAAGCUUUUUAUUGGUGUUUAAUAGUUGAAGGUUUAUAAAUAAUUUAUUUAGGAUAAAAAACAAAGAAUUCAUACAGCUCUCGAGGUCAAAUUUAUAUAUAAUUCAAAAUAUGACAUUACAUGACAUUUCUAUGUAGUUCCUGUGAAGUUCCCACAAUCCUCAUAUUAUUGAAGUCUGAUCCUAACCUCCAUUUACAUAAAACAAGGCAGGAGUCUGGAGGAAUUUGCCCUUGAAAGUAACAGGGAUUCACUAUCAUACUCUUGUAUGAAUGUUUGCCCAACAAACUGAGAGAGCUAGCUCCAUUUCUGUUGAGUUUUGAAAUAAUCUAUUUCAUCAGUGCCUGUUUGAUAUCAUGUUUCUUAAACUUCAAGUAGGCAUAACCAAAGGUUCCAAGUCUAGCAUCGUAUUAGCAUUACCACCUUAAUCACUUACAAAAUGGUUCUUUAUCGCUUACGGUGUUGUGGGUCACUGUAGGUGCCAGGAAGCAACAGUUCAAUCUGCCUUGUAGCUGCUUUAUUGUAAUAUAUACACACACCACACAAUAACAAAAUAGCAAACGAUAGGAAAGAAAAGGGAAAGGAGAACCAGUACUAAUAGGAGUAGAGGAAAUUGAUUCUAAAGUAUAUGUUAUCUCUCCUCUGAAGAGAAAUGAACAUGAACAAUGUAACGCACAAGUGCCAGCACGCCACUUCUUGCCCGUCUUUGUGUUUUCUGGAUGCUGCAUAAUGAUUGGUAACCAAUGUUUAAAAUGUAAUUAAUGCUGUGUAUUAUCAGUAAAAAUAUUAUAAUGCAAGAUUGCAGUGCAGGCGUGUUAAACAGAAUGAAAACAUCCUAUGCACAGGUGUGUGGAUACGUCGCUUCCCAAUUCAAUGAAC